CACUUACAAAUGAAGAGAAAUACCACUAGACCGUAGUACUAUGUGUCAAAUUAUUGUUUUAGUUAAACAUGAAUUAUUGUUAAAUUAUGCAAACUGAAAAUUUUGGAACUCUAUAUAUUGAUAUUUGGUAAUACAUGUAAAAGUCUAAAAGAAUUUGCACACUUUAGCCUUCCCUUCGACCAACUUUUAUGGCUCAUUUACUAAUCUGUAAUCAAAAUAAAUGAAAUUGAAUUGAGAAGGAAUUAGAUUAAAGAGGAAUAAAAAACAAAUUCCUAUGAAAGGUGUUUACUAAACUAUCAAAAAACGGAAUAGCAUUGAUGUCAAUUCCAUAUAAAUUGUUUACCAAUUCAUUUCUGAAUCGGAAUCGAAACCAUUUGAUUACUACACUGCCCUUGGUUUAAAUUAUUUUAUGUGAAAACUAAUAAAAUUUAAUUUUCAUAACAACAUUAGCAUUUAUGAAUUUUGUCUCGUUUUUUGUUUUUGACCUUUUUAAACCUAAUUUGUUAUACCACCGGCACGCCCAUGACUUUCUAACCAGCCCAAUUUUUCGUCCUUUUCAAACCUUCGCGUCUUUUCCUCUUCUCCCAGUAUCCUUCGUCAGUCCUCCCCAGCCGGCACCGCCAUCGCCACCACCUCUUCCUCCCUCCCCUACAUUUUAUUUUCUGCGCAUCCUUCAUUACCAUUUUCCUGCGGCUCCGUCUCUCUCUCGCUCCUCCAUCCCCACACGACCACGACGCCACAACCACAGAAGUACUGGCGCUGGAGAGAUGUGGGCUUGUUGAUUUAAGUGGCAGAUUGGAGUUUUAGGAAUUAGGUAGAAAAAUUGUAUUCCGGAUUCCGCUUGUCUCCCGGAAUUCAAAUGACACCUUUCACCUCAAGAAUACAAUUCUUCCAAAAUCAGGAAUCCGAUUCUAUUUUUCGUGUACCACCCAUUUUGAUUUAUCCACGGACACGUAAACACGUCCUUGACUAAUUAAUCAAGUAAAAGUUUGCUAGUUUCUAGAAUAUAAAUUUUUUCUAGUCAAUCCCCAGCUCUUAAUUAAUGAUGGAUAGAAACCCCUUUUAAAAUGAAGUUGCGACGAAACUUCCAUAGCUUCAACUUGACCACAUUCGAAGGUAGUAGGUAGGAAACUACUCUGCUGGUAGGAAGAAAAGCUUGAGGACUGAUACAUAUAUCAAGAGAGAGUCCAUUAUCCAUACCAUACUGCGUAUUCCAAAUCUUGUUAAGGCUAUUUUCUUUGGUUUAUCUGGCUUUAAUUCUCCUAUGGCCAAUCAACUUGUCUCUUCUUCUUCCUUCAGCAGUACUCCUUCAUGGAGAUAUGAUGUGUUUUUGAGUUUUAGAGGUGAGGAUACACGAACCAAUUUUACAGAUCAUUUAUACCAUGCCUUGAUCCGUAAUGGAAUCAACACCUUCAUUGAUUGCCAUCUUACAAGAGGAGAAGAAAUAUCGUCGGCUCUUCUCCAAGCAAUUGAAGAGUCGAGAAUUUCGAUCAUCGUAUUGUCUGAAAAAUACGUAUCCUCAAGAUGGUGCUUGGACGAGCUCGUUCAUAUCCUUGAAUGUAGAAAGUCAAGGCAGCUAAUAGUUUGGCCAGUUUUUUAUAAGGUGGAUCCGUCCCAUGUACGAAAUCACACGGGUAGUUUCGGUGAAGCGUUUACAGAACUUGAGUGCAAAUUCAAGGACAACAAGAAGAAGAUCCUCGCAUGGAGGAGUGCUGUUAAAGAAGCAGCAAAUUUGUCAGGAUAUCCUCUCAAGAAAGAAGACUCUGAAGCUACCCUUAUCAAUAAGAUUGUUAAGGAGAUCUUAGUCGAAGUACUACAACGCACAUAUUUGAAUGUGGCCAAACACCCAGUUGGAAUACACUUGUGCGUACAAGAGGUGAAAGAGCUUUUAGGUGUCGGAGGAAAUGGUCGUGUGGUUGGGAUAUGGGGGACAUCUGGAAUAGGCAAGACAACAAUUGCAAAAGCUGUUUAUAAUGCAAUUGCUCAUGUGUUUCAAGGUAGUUGUUUCCUGGCAGAUGUCAGAGAACUAUCGACAUCACGUGAAGGUGUAAUCCAACUACAAAAGACUCUUCUUUCUAAAAUCCUAUGCGGUACAGAGUUGAAUGUUGUCGAUGUUCAUGAAGGAAUCAGUCUUAUAAAGAAACUGUUGAGGCAGAAGAAGGUUCUCUUAAUUCUUGAUGAUGUGGAUGAAAUGGAGCAGUUAAACAACCUAGUUCAAGUUGAUUGGUUCGGUGAGGGUAGCAGAGUGAUCAUAACCACAAAAGAUAGAGGAUUGCUGAAAUCUUAUGGAGUUCGGUUGAUAUACAAGGUCCAAAAGUUACAAGACGACAAGGCUCUUGAGCUUUUGAGUUUGAAUGCCUUCGGAAGAAAUGAGCCUCCAGACAAGUAUUUCAAACUCGCACAACGUGCAAUAGCCUAUGCUGAAGGUCUUCCGUUAGCUCUUAAUCUUAUAGGUUCUCAUCUGCAUAAUAAAAGUAUAGAUCGUUGGCAAGAUAUAUUAGAUAGUUACGAUGCUUAUGAAGGAGAGCCUUAUAGAGGUAUUCAAAGAACACUUCGAAAAAGUUAUGAUGCGUGGGAUAAUGUCCUACAACAAAUUUUCCUAGACAUUGCAUGCUUCUUCAAGGGCGCAGAUAAAGACUAUGUGUUACAAAUAUUAAGAAGUUCGAAGCUCAAUGUACCUCAAGAUUGUAUAGAAGUACUCGUUGAGAAUGCCAUCAUAACUAUUGAAGAUAAUCGGAUUUUGAUGCAUGACUUGCUAGAAAAAAUGGGUAAGCAUAUAGUUUACGAAGAAUCUCCCACUGAACCAGGGAAACGUAGCCGAUUGUGGUUUCAUGAAGAUGUGUACGAUGUUCUAACUAAAAAUUGGGGAACAUGGAAAAUUAAAGGCAUUGUGGUGAAGUUGCCCAAAACAGAUGUGAUACCCUUGAAUGCAAAAAGCUUUUUGCAUAUGGUAAAUCUUGAAAUUUUUAUAAAUCUUAAUGCACGUUUUUAUGGACGCGUUGAUUAUCUGCCCAACGAUUUGAGGUGGAUUGAAUUGGGUGGACAAUCUGAUAUUCAUCAAAAGAAUACAAUUGUGUUCAAUUUGCCGUCCAAUUAUCAUCCAAGACAUCUCGUUAGGUUUGAUGUGUCAUACAGUGGCAUAAGACAAUUGAAGGAAUUUAAGAAUUUGGCAAAGCUUACAUGGAUGAAUUUAAGUGGUUGCAAAUUUUUGGAAAAAUUUCCGGACAUAUCCGGAAGCCCAAACAUAAAGCACUUGAAUCUAAGUGGAUGUCAAAAUUUGGUUGAGGUUGAUGAUUCUAUUGGAUUCCUUGACAAACUUGUGACAUUGGAUCUUAGUCGGUGCUCUAAACUUACGAGGUUUGCAACAAGACUUGGAUUGCAAUCCCUUGAAAUGCUUUUUCUUUGUGACUGCACAAGGCUGGAGAGAUUUCCAGAAAUAGAGGAGGACAAGAUGAAAUCUCUGACGCGUUUGGAGAUAGGAAAAAGUGGCAUAAGAGAAUUGCCUUCAUCAAUUGCGUAUCUUACUGGGCUUACGCACUUGUCUGCAAAUGGUUGUGAGUUGCAAAAUGUCCCCGACUUAUCUGGAAGCCCAAACUUAAAGGUGUUGGAUCUAAGUGGGUGCUCUAAGCUUACGAGGUUUGCAACAAGACUUGGAUUGAGAUCCCUUGAAAAGCUUAAUCUUUGGGGUUGCACAAGGCUGGAGACAUUUCCAGAAAUAGAGAAGGACAAGAUGGAAUCCCUACACCGUUUGGAGAUAGGAAAAAGUGGCAUAAGAGAACUGCCUUCAUCAAUUGCGUAUCUUACUGGGCUUACGCACUUGUCUGCAAAUGGUUGUGAGUUGCAAAAUGUCCCCGACUUAUCCGGAAGCCCAAACUUAGAGGUGUUGGAUCUAACAAACUGCACAAGUUUGGUCGAGGUUCAUGAUUCAGUUGGAUUCCUUGAUGAACUUCAAGGUUUGCAUCUUGAUGGGUGCUCUAAGCUUACGAGGUUUGUAACAAGACUUGGAUCGAGGUCCCUACUUUAUCUUUCUCUUGAAGGUUGCAGAAUGCUCGAGAGCUUCCCAGAAAUAGAGGGCAAGAUGGAAUCCUUAUGGUAUUUGGGUAUACACAAAAGUGGCAUAAGAGAAUUGCCUUCAUCAAUUGCGUAUCUUACUGGGCUUACGCACUUGUCUGCAAAUGGUUGUGAGUUGCAAAAUGUCCCCGACUUAUCCGGAAGCCCAAACAUAACUCACUUGGAUCUAAGUUAUUGUAAAAAUUUGGUUGAGGUUGAUAAUUCUGUUGGAUUCCUUGACGAACUUCAAGAAUUGAAUCUUAGUUGGUGCUCUAAUCUUACGAGGUUUCCAACAAGACUUGGAUCGAGGUCCCUACGUUCUCUUUCUCUCGAAGGUUGCAGAAGGCUGAAGAGGUUUCCAGAAAUAGAGAAGGACAAGAUGAAAUCUCUGAUGCGUUUGGAGAUAGGAAAAAGUGGCAUAAGAGAAUUGCCUUCAUCAAUUGCGUAUCUUACUGGGCUUACGUACUUGUCUGCAAAUGGUUGUAAGUUGCAAAAUGUCCCCGACUUAUCCGGAAGCCCAAACAUAAGGGUGUUGGAUCUAAAUGACUGCACAAGUUUGGUCGAGGUUCAUGAUUCAGUUGCAUUCCUUGAUAAACUUAAACAAUUGGAUCUUACUGGGUGCUAUAAGCUUGCGAGGUUUGCAACAAGGCUUAAGCGUCAUAACUUGUGUAACUGCUAUCGACCAAGUGGCGAUAAGGUGGUGUUGCAGCACAAAUAUCCGUGCCUUCGAUUGAGAAUUUUUUACCCAGGCAAUGAAGUUCCAAAGUGGUUCAACUAUACCUCUAACCAUCCCACAACCGUUGAUGAAAGGGAUGGAUAUGAUAGUGAAUUUCGUUUUGAAAUUCCUCUAAAAUUACAAGUGGGGGAGCCAUUAGUAGGAUUGGCUCUAUCUUUUGUUCUUGAACCACCUUAUUGUUCUGAUGAAGAUGACUGGGAAGUAGAAAUUGCUGAGUGUAUUUUCAUCAACGGAGUAAAGUUUCGACCUUCUAUACCGUAUCACCGUAAGUAUAACAUACAGGCAACUCAUGUGCUGCUUUGGUUAGUGGAUUUAUGGGAGCAGGAGCAGCAGGGAGAUAUUUGUCAAGUUGUUAUUCCUUUCCACAGUGGCAGUCCCAUUAAAAGCUGCGGCGUGCACUGCCUAUUGCGCAACCAAGACGAACUGCUUCACUCGUCUCUGAGACCAACGAGCAGUCUUGGGAAGAGGCCUCGUCCAUGUGGAUCCUCAGAUAUCGUCGAUGGUGAAUAUGAUCAGCAACAACAAUGGCUUUCCUCAUCUUCGGAGCCAGCAGAAGAUCAUCCAAAACGCAGGCAGAUUGAUCCCAAUGUUCCUAUUGAUAUUGAGGAGGAUGAGGAGCAAGAGCCACCGUCCGCUUCAGAUGAUCCACAAUUUCUGAUUUAUUAGGAGUUUGGGUCUUCUAUGAUGCAAUUGAAGCUUUACGGUUUUCCUAUAAGAAGGUGAACCCUUUCUGUGUACCUUUCACAACCACAAAUAUGGGUUCUGCCGUGCUCGCAAUGGAUCCUGCGAGAUUAUAAGAUAUAUGUAUUCGAUGCAAUACUCUUACAAUUGGUGAUGGCUGCUGAUUUUGUAUUUGUCCUUUUAACUGAUAUUUACUAUUCAAUCUCUACUGCUUGUGCUACCAGCAGCUUCUGUACUUUGAAUUCGGCAAAUCAUAUCAUUAAAGCCAAUGCAGACCUUAUGCUCUGUGGUGGUUCAGAUUCAGUGAUGAUACCUCUUGAACCGUGAUGGCUUUGUUAUGGGGGAAGGAGCUGGCGUUUUGCCUCUAGAAGAGUUAGAACAUGCUAAGGUAUUUUCUAAAUCUAUGCCCUUGGCAAUGGCACUUGGGUGUCUGUCUGGAUAUCCUUUUUUUCUGUAAGGUUGUAGGUGCAAUGUCCGUAGGGAUGUUCUGUAUCCUUUGGUUCCCUCAAGCUCUAUGGUCUCACAAACACGUUUUCUAAUCAUUCAUCUCUAUCUUACCAUGCAAUAUGGUGUUUUUUCAUUAAUGUCCUUGGAAACAGGGGCUGGGGUUAUUCUCUGCACUGAAAAGGCUUUAGAACAGUCUGGGGUGUCUAGGGAAGAUGUUAAUUACAUUAAUGUACAUGCUACAUCCACACCGUCUGGAGAUCUCAAGGAGUAUAAUGCUCUCAUUCAUUGUUUUGGUCAGAAUCCUGAUGUAACAACAAUACCUGAUUGGUCACCUACUGGAGAUCUUAAUUCCUCAUUUCCAUGUUAUUGUUCGAUGAGAUCUUUACGUUUUACAGUUGGGAGUGAACUCUACAAAAUCCAUGAUUGGUCACCUACUGCUACUGGGAGCAUCUGGUGCUGUAGAAGCUGUUGCAGCAGUACAGUUCUUGACAUGUUAACUGGGUGGAUGCAUCCAAAUAUCAAUCUGGAAAAUCCAGACGAGGGCGUGGAUACAAACUACUAGUGGCAUUGUCUAACUCAUUUGGGUUCGGUGGCCACAACUCAUCGGUCUUGUUUGCCCCAUACAAGUAGAAACACAGAUCUACUGUGCUACUCCAACCUUUGCUGCAAUCGUACUGAAGAGAGAAGAAAGAACCUGCGGUUUUGCAUGGAGCAUGAAUGAACUAGAGCAGUCGACUCUCCACCUAGUUUUCUUCUUGCCGCCUCCUUUCUUCUGAACCCGCUUUUUAAACUUCAAGCCUUUAGCAGAGAGGAUCGCCGAGGCACUCUGCCCUUCCAGCUUCCUCGUCAUCUUCACCACACUCGAUAUCCCUUUUCUUGCGGCCGC